AUGGCGUCUUAUAGGUUUCAUCAACCUGCAUCUAUCAAAAACCUGUAUGGUUUUUGGCCAACUUUCAUCUCUCACGACAGUCUUGAUAUUUGGAACGCGCGCAAGAAUAUCGAAUCAAAAGCGACAUGCGAACUCCAUAUGUCGAAGAAUGAGGAAAAAGACACUCUCAACCCUAUCCAGUAUGCCACAUAUAAAUUCAGCCGCAAGUGUGACAUAUCAGAAACACAUCACAUGUAUGUCAUCGAUAAAUCGUCAUUAGAAUCGCUCCCUCCACCACAUGUGCCACAUACCAAGAAAAGCGAGAUCUUCGAUCUGUUGAUGUACAAACAUAUCGACGAACGAGCACUGAAGGUCUCUAGUGACCUUCAGAAAGGUUCCAUGGCCAACCUUGUAACCUACCUUGUAGAGCCAUGCACAGACGAUCUCGGCAGAAUCAGGUCAAUUUACACCUGGCUGACGUCACAAAACCUGAACCAGAUUAAGAUGCCUCUGCCGCCCAUCAGGGAAGGAAGUGUUCCAUAUUAUCUGAGCCGGCUGAAGAACAAGAAAGGCAAUUAUGCACAGCUUCUCAGUCUUAUGUGCAGACAUGCUAAACUGAGCUGUGUAGUCAUCCAUGGUUAUAUGAAAGGCAGCACAUAUACAAUUGGUCAAUCGGUCAAGGACAACAAGGACAGUUUAUACGGUGAAUGGAAUGCGGUGCUGGUGGACAAUGUCUGGAGACUCGUUAAUGCCUACUGGGGCGCAUGUGCCGUAGAUGGCGAUGGAAAUCAACACGAGUCGGCUAGAUUUUUCGUUGACGAGUCCUUCUUUCUUCCAGAUCCUGAACAGUUGAUUUACUCUCAUUUUCCCGAAGAAUCCAAAUGGCAAUUACUGGAAACAAGUCUCAGUAUGAAACAGUUUGAAAAGAAAGCAUACUUAAAAGAGCGCUUCUUCGAGCUCGAAAUGAGGGCUCUUUCCCAUCAGAAAGGUGAAAUUGUGACAGACAAUGGGGAAAUUGAAAUCUUAUUUGGACUGCCACAGGAAAAGGCACACGAGUUUGAGUUCAUGUGUUUGUUAUUCUCCCAAGUCGACGGUAAAUGGAAACAUAUUAAGGAAAAGACGAGUCAACACGACUUCGUAUAUUAUCCAAACGACAGUUCGGUUGCAGUUCGUUGUCGUUUUCCAAAAAUCGGUGUUUACAAACUCGAAAUAGUAGGCAAGGAUUCCAGGAGAAAAGAUAAAGGAUAUGACUUUGAUUGGGUGGCAAUUUACAAAAUAAAAGUAAAUGGUAAACCAGAUGGAAACAUUUCCUUUCCGAAAUGUUGUGCCGCAGGUUGGGGACCAGGUAAGACUCUGGAGGAGUCGUGCCUCGACGCUACCACGGAUCCUAAUGCCAUCAUUUUCUCUGAGGGAGGAUAUGUAGAGGUAUCAUUUGAGAAAUUAAAACGGACAGCAGCUGGUCUUAAUCUCUCGUACAAAAUUGUGGGAUUGAAUAAAGCAUUGGAUGACAUCCCAAUGGAGGAAGAAGGUGUCAGAGAGGAUGAGGAAGAAUAUACCAUCGAGGUUAACGCGCCACCUGGCGAGGAAAGUGCACUCUGCAUAUUUGCAUUGAUAGAUGAUCCGUCGUACGGGACAAUCACAAAGAACAUUUGUAAUUAUCUAGUCAUCAGCUCGGAGGUGGAAGAAGUCGACGAUUCUCUUUUCAGAGAUAUAGAAGAGACCCGCAAACAGCUGCAAGAAGCGAUAGAUGAAAAGAAACUUGAACCUCUGGAAUCAUCGGUUGAUCUAGUAGAAACAAAAAAGUACGAACGCUAUAUGCCACAGGAAAUGAGGAUGGCGCGAGACCUGAUAGCCAGGCUGCGGAAGAUCCAACAACUUCUUCACGCAGUCAUGGCACUGGAGCAGCCUACAAUAGCGGAAAUCCGGUCCUUCUCCAAUCCACUUCCGGAAAUACAUAAUGUGAUGAAGGCAACUCUGUUGCUGUUGGGUAACUACGAGGAUGAGACAAAGCAAUGGAAGAAUAUACAGGCCAUCAUUGGUCGAACAGGUAAAGAGUCUCUAAAACGGCGCAUAAACGAAUUCGACAUCAACCAAAUGGAUUUGGACAUUGCCCUCGGAGCUAAGAAGAUGAUUGGGAAGACCGACUUGGCGGACAUCAGAGUGACCAGUCUGGGAGCUGCCACGUUCUACGUGUGGGUGAUGGGACUGGUGGAGGAGAUGGAGAUACGGUACAUAGAUAAACUCAAGACCACUGUUCCUCGAACACGGAAGAAGAGCACGUCCUAG